AUGGAUCUGGAGAACUUAUCCGAUGUUGAAAUCCGUCAGAGACUUACAGCUCUUGGACAAAACGUUGGGCCGGUGACAGCAACAACGCGAACUUUACAUUUGAAAAAGCUCAGGACUUUGAUGGCAAUGGAAGGAGAUGCUGCAUUCUCUCAACCAACCCUCCUGCCCACUAUGGGUAACGGCUCCACACCAAAUCACCAUCUAGACAUAGAAAAAGAACCACCAGAACAGGAUGAGGAGCCUCUCACUCAACUCCGUGUCAAAGAAGUAAUGUCGGAAACUCCGCACAUGGGCACAACUACACAAACCGCGCCAGUACGCGCAUCUUCUCAAGUGACAUAUGAUUCCGAUUCUGGUUCCGGUUCUGAUGGAGAAAUGUGUGGACACGAAUCGGUGCGCUAUCUUUCACCAGAAGAAAUGGAAACAGAUUACAUUGGGAGUGUUUCUGGGUCGCCUGUUACUCAGCCUAGCAACUUAAAAAAGGUUCUACUCGCGGUUUCUGUGCUGCUGCUGGUGGUAUUCGUCUUUUUCCUAUCGGAUCGUGUGCAUCGUCAAACAGCAAACUAUGGAGUUGACGAUGAAUUGUGA